AAUGUUAAAUUUAUUGCAAAUAAACUAGCAAUUCUAAACUAAAUUAUAUUCACCAUAUAAAAAAGAGAAAAUAGAACAAAUAGUUCAAAAACUCAAAGAUAAAACUAUCAUUAUUGAAAACAUAUGUGUAACUUAAUUAUUAACUUGUUUAAACUAGUUAUAGUUAAUUCUAAGUCUAUAAACGUAUAUCUAAUAGAUAUUGAUAGUAAUCAGUACUUAAAGCUUAUUAUAAGAACACCAAAUGUAAUUAAAUUUGAUUGCAAUAUUUCAAUAUUCCAAGAGAUUUUAGAAAAUAAUUGUGAAAAAGAUAUUUUUAUAGAAAAGCUUUAAUAUUUAGAAUAUUUAGAUGUCAAAAUAUUAAGUAAUGGCAAUAAAUAACUUUAAUUGAAUCCUAAUUUUGGAAUUAUAGAAAAAUUAGCAACACCAUUUCAGACUCCAAAUCUGGAUGAAUUAUUAGCACAAUUUCUUAAAAAUUAGGAUAUAUAAAUUUAGUUGUUCAUAAAAUUAUAUUGCAUUAUUAGUAUUUUAUAAUGCUAAUUUAAUUAAAUAAUAAUAAACUAAAUAAAUUUGCAUUUAGAAGAUUAAGAUAUAGAAGAACCAAUAAAAAAUCGAGUUUAUCUAACAAAUUUAUAAAUAAUAUAUUAAACAUAAAAAUAAGAAAAAGAUUAAAUGGAAGUAAAACCUAUUAACUAUCAAUAUUAAUAUAAUAAAUUACUAAUUUAUUAAUAAGCAGAAAACAAUUUAAUAACUAGAGCAUUUGAUCUUUUAGAUAACACAAUGUAUCCAAAAAGAAAAAGAAGUUUUGAAAAAGAUAAAGAAUCUGCUUAUUAAAAUUUUUCUUAGAAAAAUCAAUUUGAAAUGUCGAUGGAUAUUUUUAGAGUAGAUCCUUACAUGUCAUAUUAAGCGUUAUUUUCAGAAGUAGCACCACCUUAAUAAUCUCCAGUAUUAACACAUGUAUCGACAUUCCCAAAACCUAAUAGUAUGUGUUUAUCUCCAACAAACUCAGAUAGUCAUAGUUUUACAUCACAAAAGAAUAAAGGAUUCAAUUGUUAGUUUAGUUAAGUUUAUUAACAUUUAAUUGAUUAAAAUUAAUAUGCUUAAAUUAGCUAACAAAAUAUUGAUGCUUAAAUUAGAUAAAGAAAAAUGUUAAUAAAUGAAUAAUAAAAUCAAAGAGUAUCUAGAAGCAAAUCAAAUUCAACUGUCAUAAUGCCUGAUAUAUUUAAGUAAAUUUGUUUAGAUAGUGGUAAAAAUGAUGAAAAAAACGACGAAAAAUAAAAAUAGAAGGUAACGAAGAAAACUUUAAAUUUAAAUCAGAAUCCAAAAAAAUGUAUAUAAAAUAAAUAAUAUAUAAAUAAAUGA